CUGGCUUGGGGUCUCUGCGGGCGGAGGGGCCGCGGUGAGGGGCAGGGGGCGGUUCUGGUGAGUUCCUUGUGCCGGGUUCCCCCGUGUCCCCCCGGCGCUGAGAUGGCGGAGGGAGCGGCUGCCCGCGCUCUCCUCCUUGCCCGGCUCGCUGGGGACGAGGCGGUGCCGCAGCAGCGAUGGCUCAUCCCGGCUGCUCUCGCUGGGACACAGGGGCUGCUCCGUGCCCGGGACACUUCCCGGCCCUGCGGCCCCGGGCAGUGACCUCUCCUCGUGUCCCUUUCAGUGUGCCACCAGCGCGGGUGUGAAGCUGUUCCCGAGGCCGAUCUCCGAAAGGCUUUUUCAGCACUCCUGAUGUCUCCGGAGCAAGGGGCUGUUUGUUCCCAGCAGAGAGAUGCCGGCUGUGAGCUGGAGGAGAGUGAAUUGUGCUCCCAUCAUGGAGUUGUGAAGGAGCUCCUGCAUUUCCAGGAGGGACCAGCAGCUGGGGUUCCACACUUGCCUGGGGUGCAAGAAGCCACUUGUCAUGAGCAGGGGGAUGCCACUUGUGAGUGUACAGUGAGUGAAGCUGUGGAGAAUGGAUUGUGCACCAGUGAUGGGAGUGUGAGGAAGCCCCUGGGUGCUCAGGGCACAGCAGCAACUGGUAAUGCACACAGAAGGAUCCUCAGAAGAUUUCUGGGCAAGCGGUUCAGGUGCCGUGCCGUGCCCGUGUUGGUGCUGGUUGUGCUCGUGUUGCUGGUGCUGGCUUUGGCGGUGGCCUUGGCUGUGCAGUCAGCCCCACAGCUUCUAGUCACACCUGCGACUCCGCUCUUGGUUCUGGCCUGUCCCUCUGGCUGGGUUGGCUACAAUGGGCUCUGCUACUACUUCUCCAAGGAUCACAGCACCUGGGAGCAGGGUCAGGAACGGUGCUCCGAGCUCGGGGCCUCCCUGGCCGUUGUGAAGGAUGAGGACGUGGGUUUGCUCUUCCGCCUCCGCGGGAACGUCGAUUACUGGCUCGGGCUGCGCAGACGGGGCCAGCGCCUGCACUGGGGGGACGGCAGCAACUUCAGCUCCUGGGUUCCUGUCCUUGGCAAUUCCGAGUGUGUGUACCUGGCUGACAAUAAAUUCCGGUGUGAGGACUGCUCCAAUGAGCGUCCGUAUCUGUGCAGCAAGGCCCAAGCUCCCCUGUGACAGGGGCUGCAGAAAGGACCUUCUCCACGCUGGGCAGUGCCAGCUUCACCUCUCAGCCCGGCACAGGCUGUCCUUGCUCAGCUGCAGCCUGUGCCUUGCCCUCACUCUCAGGGUCACCUCCGUGCCUGUUCCUCGCCACUGCCAAGGCCGGGCUGGGUGUCCAAAGGAAAAGUCUCCGCAAUCCCUCCUGGCCCCGGUGCUGCCUGCAGGGAGGGCAUUGCCCCCGUGACAGCCCCAGCUCCAAGGGCAGCCACCAGCGCCCCUGCCGGCGGUGCGGGAACUGCAGCCAAGGGGAAAGUGCCUGCGGCCGAGAGCGCCUGGGGCUGGGUUUGGGCUCUGUUUGUUGUUAAUGCCACCCUCGGGGUUGUCUGUCUGCUUUGAGCUACGUUCGAGUAAAGAACUGUUAUUCCCCUUCUCAUAUCUUUGCCUGAGAAACCCCUUCAUUUCAAAAUGAGAAUCAUUUGGAGGGAAGGAUUUGACAUUUUCCAUUGCAAGGGAGGCUCCUGCCUUCCUUAGCAGACACCUGUCUUUGCAACCAAAACAGCCCCAUCCCCCUGUGGCACUGUGUGGGGAGGAGAGAGAGAAAGAAUUAGGGAUAAAGUGAAGUGCAGGAAGGAGAGAAGAGUGGGGAAUGUGUGUCUUUAGGAUCUGGUCUACUUCUCAUUCCCUUGCUCUGAUUUGUUUGCUGAUGAAUUCAAUGAAUUUCCCCCAUCCCAGCUUGUUAUGCCCAUGAUGGCUGAGAGAUCUCUCACUGUCUUUAUGGAGACCCUCGAGCCUUUCCUGAUGUGUUCUGUUCCCUGCCCAGGGACAGGAGCAGAGGGACAGAGCGGUUCUGCUGGCACCGGGCACCUGGCCAUGCCCAGCCCAAGAAUC